UUUAAAUAGUAAAUAAGUUGUUCAAUCACAGGACAUGGCAGAAGUGGGGCUGGGAAAGAUGUAAAGGGACAGGGGUUGGUCCUGAAGUAUUGAACCACACUAAACUCUUGCCUAUUUUAGUGCACCCCUGCCUCAGUUUCCCCCCUGGGCAGGAUCCCUAGUAAUCCUGGGCAUGUUCAGGGAUUACAUCUCCCAGAUUAUUUGGGUAUGGGUAUUGCUCAGCGUUUCCUUAAACCGUGGGCCGGAUUGAGAGCGGGAGGCUCGGCCCAUCCCGAGUCGUUUUGCGAUCCACCCGCGGGAGUUGUCCCUGCGCGGCCUCGAACCCGCGGCCCCGGGGCGAGAGCGGCGCUCCCCGCCGGCCGCCAGGGGGCAGCAGCGCCGCGCUCGGGGCGCUCCCCGCCCGCUUCCGGCCCACGUGGGGCGGGCGCGCACAUGGCCGCGGUGAGCGGCACCGGCACCGGCACCGAGAACAUGUCGCCGGACGAGGAGGAUGUUCAGCGGCUCCUGAUCCAGUUCCGCGAUGAAGCAGGGGAGUGCUUGGGCUCCCCCUUCGACGUCCCGGUCACCAUCACUCCGGACAAGCUGCAGUUGGUUUGCAACGCGCUCCUACAGAAGGAUGAGCCGGUGCCUUUGGCCUUCUUCGUCCACGAUGCCGAGAUCGUGGCGUCGCUGGAGAAGACCCUGGCAGGGCAGAGCGUGGAGACAGAGAAGGUCCUGGACAUCAUCUACCAGCCGCAGGCGGUGUUCAGGGUGCGGGCGGUGACACGCUGCACCAGUUCCCUGGAGGGACACACGGAGGCUGUCAUCUCGGUGGCUUUCAGCCCCACGGGAAAGUACCUGGCGAGCGGCUCUGGAGACACCACUGUCCGCUUCUGGGACCUCAGCACGGAAACGCCGCAGUUCACGGCCAAAGGUCACCGGCACUGGGUGCUCAGCAUCGCUUGGUCACCUGAUGGCAAGAAACUGGCCUCGGGCUGCAAGAACAGCCAGAUCUUCCUCUGGGACCCAGCCACUGGCAGCCAGAUCGGCCGGGUGCUCUCUGGCCACUCCAAAUGGAUCACAUGUCUGUGCUGGGAACCGCUCCACAUAAACCCAGAGUGCCGUUACCUGGCCAGUGCCUCCAAGGACUGCAGCAUCCGCAUCUGGGACACGCUGAUGGGCAGGUGUGACAAAAUCCUCACAAGCCACACGCAGUCGGUGACCUGUGUGAAGUGGGGGGGCGAUGGCUUGCUCUACUCCUCCUCCCAGGACAGGACCAUCAAAGUCUGGAGGAGCCAGGAUGGGGUCCUGUGCCGCACGCUGCAGGGCCACGCUCACUGGGUGAACACCAUGGCCCUGAGCACCGACUACGUUCUGCGCACCGGCGCCUUCGAGCCGGCCGAGGCCACCAUCAACCCCCAGGAUCUCAGAGGCUCCUUGUCAGAACUGAAAGACAGGGCACUGCAGAGGUACAACCAGGUCCGGGGCCAGGAACCAGAAAGGCUUGUCUCAGGGUCAGAUGAUUUCACCCUGUUUCUUUGGAGACCAGCAGAAGACAAGAAGCCACUCGAGAGAAUGACAGGCCACCAGGCAUUGAUUAACCAAGUGCUGUUCUCGCCAGACACCCGGAUAAUCGCUAGUGCUUCCUUUGACAAGUCCAUAAAGCUCUGGGAUGGUAGGACAGGAAAGUACCUGACGUCACUGAGGGGCCACGUCUCGGCCGUGUACCAGAUCGCCUGGUCAGCCGACAGCCGCUUGCUGGUGAGCGGCAGCAGCGACAGCACCCUCAAGGUCUGGGAUGCCAAGACAAGGAAACUGGCCAUCGAUCUGCCUGGCCACGCAGAUGAGGUGUACGCAGCAGACUGGAGCCCGGACGGACAGAGGGUGGCGAGCGGAGGGAAGGACAAGUGUUUGCGGAUAUGGCGUCGAUAGGAACAGUGACAUGGAGCUGCUGGUCCUGCCCUCAGCACAGUCCUGGGAGAUCUCCAAGGUGAUGGACGAAGAGAUUGACUCAAGCACUGCUCCGUGUUCCCGUUGGCAACUCUUCCUCAUGGACUCUUUCCUUAUAUUUAUUUAAGGAAAUUUUAAUUUUAGUUCUUAUUAAGAGCUGUGCAUUGUAGGAUGAUUUCCUCUGAACAUCACAGGAGGGAUAUCUCAUCUGCCACCAUCUCAAUUGGCUUUUUAUUGGAAUUUCAGCCUCACAGUAGCCAUUGUCCUGAAAGGGGCAAGCAAAGGGCGGAGACUGCUUGUGCCCUUUCUUGCUGUGUGAAGAAUCCUGUGGAGAAGAGGGUUUUAGUGGGAACAGAGAGAGUUGUCCUUGUGCAUGGCCUUCAGAGAGAGAGAAAAAUGGGAAAAUUCAGCACAUCCUUCCAUUGCAGAAUUGUGCUUGGCUGCAUGUCUGGGACAAAGAUCUGCUGAGAAUGAGGACUUGAGGCUUCUCGUUAUUCCAGUAAGGUUUUGCCUUUCCACACAGCCCCGUUUCCCUGUGGGCUGUGCUGAGCAUUACCUGCCAGUGAUCCUCUGCAUCCACAGCAGAUCACUCCUUGGCUAAUUGUUCAGGGUGCAACAGGCCUGGACUUGAAAUGACUGCUGGAGCUGUGCUGAGUUUUCAGGUUUCAGCAGCUCUUGGGAAUGGGAAAAUGAGACUCUGAACAGGGGAGAGAGUGUCCAUUACCCACCCACCACUGACUCAGGGGGAAGGAAGGACAGGGUGGGGAAGAAUGGAGCAGGAAUUCUGGGUGCCACUUGUCCCUUGCCCUGGAUACGUGCCGACAGCAGGGCUGGGACCAACACAAAAAAUAGCAAUACUUCCAUUGCACAGGGCUGGCUACUUCUGGAAUUUCUCAAGUGCAUUUUCUUGCCCAGUGGGUGAGAGGGAUUCACACUGUCAGCUGGGAAUUUGUAAGUUUGCUUAUGAGCCUUUUUAUCAGUCAGUUCAGGCUUCCAGCCAUCAUGAGGUGAAUAGACCUGGACUAAGUGUUUAUUUCCAGGAUGCUUAUGAAACAGAGAAAAUCAAGAUGUGAUUAAUAAGGAGCAGAAAUUAUACUGUCAGAUUUAGUUGCAGUAGGUUAGCAUGAAGGUCAAAACAUUCUCCAUAGCCCUCCUAUGCUGUGAUUACUAUGACUCAGAACAGGAGUUUGGGUCUCAGAUGCUUCCCAGCUGCAGAAGAUGCAUUUUAGGAUUUUAUCCCUGCUGGCAGGAUUGCUUUGGAGAAUUAAGAUUGUGCAGUAAUGGCCUUUUGCUUGUCUGCAAGUGUUCAGGUGAGCCAAAGGCUGGAACAAAGGGUUAAAUCUUUAAUAUGAAUGAGAAGAUAAUUUGUAGUUCCUGUGAGUAUCUCCUUCUGCCAGCCAUGUCAGCAGGGAUCUAUCUCUAUGGGAUCUUUGGGAAGAGCUCAGUAUCCCAUACCUGCUCUUGCAUUAGGCUGCUUCCUCCAGCUGGUUUCUGCUGGCAGUGAAGGCCAGGUUGCAUCCAUCUGCAUAAAGAAAACCUUUUGUAAUUCACUGAGGUAGAUGUGGGACAGGGUGGUUUAAAACCAGCUGGUAAGCCUGCCCUUGGGGAGAAGAGGAGCAGGUCACUGGUAACAGCCAAGAAGCCUGCCUCGUUUCCAAUUUUUUUGAGGUGCUUGUGCUAAAGGAAAUGACCCACCCUUGGGAGUUCAGCUCUGUCCCCAAGUCUGACUUGCUGCAAGCAGCAGCUCCUGGUUGCAAGUGGCUCUUCCUGAGUGAAGAAUCAUUCUCUGCUUCCUCCCCUGGAGUUCUGCUCAGGGUCACUGUGCCCUGUCAGUCCAUGGUGUGUUUUGUGUUGGAGACAGGGAUGUAUCAGAGCUCAGGGACACAACCCUGCCUGUGGGAACUAGGCUUGGCUGUGCAUGUGUGUAGGUGUACCUAAAAUAUCAGUGAACCUUGCCCACAUUUCCAAACCAAAGCAGUCACUGUGCCCUUUGACCAUGCCCUUGCCAUCCCUUCAGACUCUGCUUCUGUGACAUAAAGCCUGAUUAAAACUCACCUUUCUAAUGCUGCAGCAGAAAGGUUUUCCAAGGGGAAGGGAGACCUCUUGAAGAGAGGGCCUUGCAACUAAGUUUACACCAAAAUAAGCUCUCAGCUUUAAUCUUCCUGUGAUCUGAUAGCGGGUAGAUUUUUGAACCACGCUCUCUGAUGGCUUUGCAUGUAAAUCAAAUUGUAUUUUCCUAUCUAAGCAUCUGCUGCUAUUUUUACCAUUCAUACAGCACCAGCCUCCAUGCAUACUAAGAGCUGGCCCUGUUCCAGCUGUAUUCCUAAGCAAUUCCCUGCCACUCCUCCCUCCCAGUUUGAUUUGAAUGCGGCAUUUCCCGGGCCUGGCUGCUGUCAGUGCCUGCUCAGGCCCUGGGGAAGGAAGAGCUGCUGCCCUUCCCUCCAGAGCUGGCUCCUGCUUGGCAGGAGCUGCAGCGAGCGCGUGACCUCCCUCGCUCUGCCACGCUGGGGAUGGGAGCUUUAAUUAGCUAAUUUGGGCAAUUGCAGAUGCAAAUUUGGGUUGAUGGCAUUAUUAAUGGGGGAGAUUUUACUUCGUGUUAAAGGACAAAUCUAGGAGGUAGGCUGGAGCUUUGUGAUUGCUUUUCUGGGAUCAGCGGCACCAACCUUACAGAAAACCUACUGAAAUGCCUGAGCUUUUCCCGUGCUGUUUGGUAGGAAUUCUGGGAUCUGCUUCCAUGUUUCAGCCCAGUUCCUCCUGAGUUACUCAUUAAGCAUCCCACACAGAUUUUCUUACCACAAGGGCAUUAUUUUUCACUGGUAAUACAAGAAUAAUUUUAAGCAUAGCCAGAAAGUGUCCUGCAGAACCCUCUGACACUUUCUCCUUUAAAAGCUCAGCUGAUGCCACCAUGAAUUUUGUUACAAAUCCCAAUGGGAGGACAGUAGUGAUAAGGACUGAGAAGUGUGCCAGUGCUCUGAGGAAGGUUUACCUGUCUAAUGAAAUCCUGAGUGUGAUGGAGGGAGGGAAGAAAGGAUAUGGUAAGAACACUUGGAGUGAAGUUGACAGCUCUGAGGUGAGCAGGAUGCUGUCAGAUUCCUACCUUUGGGAGCUGAUUUAGAUAAGUGAGGCCUUAAAAUCCAUGUGGAAACUCUUACUUGGGGCUGUGUCCUGCUUAUCCAUGCAAGUGGAGUGUGUGUUGUGUUCCCUGGGUCCUUGGAGCCACAUGUUCCUGUCCUGUUCGACUCAGAUGAUCUCUUGAAUAUUUUCCCAGGUCUGUGAUUUAAUUUCCAUGUGCAAGUUUAUAGCCUGGGGAGAGACAAGAAAAAUCUUUCAAUGAAUAGGAAGAAAAUGAACUUCAUUCAUUGUUCUGCAUGAAAAGUAGGAAAAGCAGCCUUGUUCUGCUUUUUUUUUUGGGUCAGCCCAGGCAUUAUUCACGUGAUGUUUCUACCUCAGGGCUGCAUUUUGGUGGUGUGGUAUGGCAGAGAAGGGCUUGCUGUGAAGUCCAUUAGUGCUUUUGAGGAUGAAAGGUGUUAAGAAAAUUCAGGGCAGUGAUGUCUCUGUUCUGUGGAGCUGCUGCCAGCUGAAAGCAUCCUUCUCUGCACUCAGACAAGCAAGCUGGAAGUUGCUAAUUCCUUCCUAGAUGUGUUGCUCUUGUGAUCAGAAGUCCUGGCUCACAACUGAGGGACUAAUUUGAAGCAAAGUAGUGCAGCUGGGAAGGAGCCCCAGAGCCAUCUGCAGUGCUGCUGUUCCGUUUUCUUCCCUCUGUGAAUGGUGGUUGCAGAACUGUGGGUUGCUGGUGGUCUCUCAGUGGGCUGCAGCUCCUGCAGAGCGUGAUGUUAAAAAUGAACCGACUCAGGACACAGUGCUCCAUGUUUUUGAAGGAUCAUCGGGGUGGAUCAGGCAGCUGCACUGGGUGUUUUAGUGUCCCGCUGCACGGUUAGAGCAGAGCACCCCCGUGGUGCUGCAGGAUACAGGGCUAAGUGCUGGAUAUCCGUGUGUGAGAGCAGCACGACCCCCAUGGGGUUAUCCUGCAUCACUCUCCCGACACCUCCGGCAACGAGCCUCCCUUCGGGAAAGGUGAAUCCAGUCCGUUCUGCCUCUGAACUCUUCCAGCACCAAAAGCAAGUGAAGGUGCUGUUUGUAGGUUCUUUGCAGUGUGGAUGCCGGAGUUACCGACACGCAGAGGCUCCCGCAGCCGCCAGUGAAGGAUCCAGCUGGGAGGAGUGACCCGCAUGCAAAUCCCGCAGGCUCCAGCGAGCGCUGUUGGAGCCCUCGGGUGCCGCUCGGAUCCCAGCGCAGGGUGUUUAGUUAUUCCGGUCAAACCUCGCUGCCGCUCCUGGCUGUUUGUCCUUGCUGUGCUGAAACAAACCUGCUCCAGGGCUCCAGCACCAUUAGGAGGACAAAAGGACAUGAGGCAGUGCUGCUGCCGAAGGGAAAUGUGUCGGGAAAUGUGUCUCGGAUCGCAAGUGUGAUGCAGAAUGGGUGGCUUAGUCAUGGCUGUUGUGACUUUUAUCAUCUUCUGAAUGGAUUUGUUUUUCAGCUUCCCUAAAA